CUUUCUUCCUUUCCUGCCCUCAAGUGAAGUGAGUGAGGCCGAGUGUGAGCAAGAAGCAAAGGAGGCCAAAUUUCCAAGGCCAGGGAGGGCUACACGGGGACUGUGUGUGUCUGCGGCGCCACCGUGACCCUCUCCCACUCCUCUCCCGAUUUCUCUGCUGUUAUUUCAGUUUCCUGGCUCCGUUUUUCGGGACUCAUGUAUAAUAGUCCUGUCUGCAUCUCCUUACGUGGCUGCUGCUGCUUUUCUAUGUCAUCGUCCAGUGUUUGAUCAUCGUGAGAUUGUUGCAGUGCUCGUGGAAUCUCAUCUCGCAUUUGAGGAGAAAGAGAGAUAUCAUUAGUUGUGCGAAUUGCGGAUGCGUAUGCGUGUGCUUGGUGGGUUCGAUCUUUAGCAAGGGUUUGGGCUGGAUAGAGAGUUUUAGGGUUUAGGGUUUAAGGGGUGGCCAUGGAAUCCUGAGCUGUAGGAGGUUAGGCGGCGGAUUACUUGAGUAGAAGCUGGCUUUUGGAUCAUUGAGGAGGACGGGGACGAUGUCGUGAGGAGAGUACGCUUUCGUGUGCUUGACAUACAUACGUGUAUUCGGUAUUGGGAAAGAGAGAAGGAUUUGCGCGCGCAGAAUAAGAGUACAAUGGGUCGAUUGUGGUCAUGUUCUGCGAGGUCCCCGUUAGUGCGAUCCUCUCGGAUUAUUGCAGCGCGUCUUUCGUUGCAAGGCUCUCAUUUUGGACCAUCAAGGGUAAGGCUUCUUGGCAGCGCCGCUGUAAUUGAACUUGAUUAUGAUCCUUCGGAGGCUAGAACACCUCCAUCUGAGAAGGUCCAGAGGAUUGCGGACGAAAUCUCAACGCUUUCGAUGGUCGAAGCCGUGGAUCUUUCCACUUUGUUGAAGAAAAAGUUAGGGCUGCCAGCUGGGAUGGGAAUGAUGCCAAUGGGCAUGAUGCCACCAGGAAUGGGGAUGCCUGGUUCGAGUGGUGCAGCUGCAGCAGCAGAGGAGAAGAAGCCGGAGAAGACUUCUUUUGAUGUGAAGCUAGAAAAAUUCGAUGCUGCCUCCAAGAUCAAAAUUAUUAAAGAGGUGCGCACAUUCACUGCAUUGGGGCUGAAAGAAGCGAAAGAACUAGUUGAAAAGGCACCAAUCGUGCUGAAGGCUGGAGUUAGUAAAGAAGAAGCAGAUCAAAUUAUUGAGAAGUUGAAGUCAGUAGGAGCUACAGUUGUAAUGGAAUGAGUUUUGGUAGGUCCCAUGGUGCAUCUUGUAAGUGUUGCAAUUUAUAAGAAUUUUUCUGUAUCUCAGUAUUUCACAUGUAAGCUUUUCUGCUCUUUCUUCUU